UGUCUCCUUAUAGGGCACAGCUAACAUCUGGUGCACAUUGGCUCCUCUCCCUCCCCCUCGCCUGCACAUCUACAAUUUCCUUUUUGUUUCCAUUAGCAAAAUUCAUGUGGUAGGAAGCUGUGCCUAAUCUGGUCAAAAACAACAUCCCUUAUGGUCUAGUCCUGAGCACAGCAUUAAUAUCAUGGGAUCUUUAUGGCGUCUUUGUGCUUUCUCUGCUCCACUGUUCCUGGUUAUGCUCUGGGGUGACUCUUUAGCCACAACCGACUAUGACGAUUAUUCAACAGAUGAACCAACUAAUGACACUGAACUCCAAGACUUCAAGCUAUGCCCUCGAUCCUUUCCAGGGGAAAUCAUCAGCAAAAAUAACCGGACCUACCUAUGCAUCUCUCCAUCCUCCAUAGAUCACUUGAAAAGCCCCAUCACUGUACUAGUCAUUCCCUCCAUUUAUACUCUGGUAUUUCUGGUGGGAUUGCCAGCUAAUGUUGUGGCUCUUUGGGUCUUGGCAACCAGAGUUAAGAAGAUGACUUCCACUGUUUUUCUUAUAAACCUGGCUGUUGCUGACCUCUUGCUCAUUGUCACUCUUCCGUUUAAGAUCUCAUAUUAUUUUCUUGGCAAUGACUGGAUAUUUGGUGAGACCUUGUGCAGAGUCGUUACUAGCUUUUUCUAUGCUAACAUCUAUUGCUCAGUGUUACUCCUCAUGAGUAUCAGCGUGGAUCGUUACAUGGCAGUGGUGCACCCUUUUUUCUCUCGAACAUUUAGAAGCAAAAACUUUGCAAUUUUUAUGUGUACCAUUUCAUGGAUGAUCGCAGCUUUGUCUAUCUUACCCCUGGCAGCUAUGCGUCAGUCCUAUCCUCUGUCAACAACUGACCUUACCCUAUGUCAUGAUGGUCUGCCAAGGAACGAACAAGUUACAUAUUUGUUCUAUUACUUUCUAUGCCUUGUUGUCUUGGGCUUCCUUCUACCUUUGUCCAUCAUUAUAUUUUGCUAUGUGUCUGUUAUCCGUGUGCUUAUGCGAAAUGAAGGAAAGUAUGGCUAUGCUUUAAAAUUAAUUGCCCUGGUUCUUGUCAUAGUAAUUGUCUUGUUGACUCCCAGCAAUGUGGUACUUCUGAUUCACUACUCCGAGCGUUUUCUUCACACUUACGGCGACCUUUAUUCAGUCUAUAUGGUCUGCUUGGCCAUCAGUUCAUUAAACAGCUGUGUAGAUCCCUUUGUGUACUAUUACGUCUCAGAUGAGUUUCGUGAAAAGGUGAGGCAACAGUUUAGAAAAAGGUCAAAAUUAUCAAUCACCUCACUCAAGACAUCCAAGGAAGUUCUACCUGCAACCACAACAACAUCCCAUUCUCGCUCUGUUUUGUGACAUUACAUACAGCAUUUCUUUAUCACCUACAAUUGCAUGAUAUUGUGGGGCAGCAAAGUCAUGGGCUUCAAUGUGCCCAAAGAGGAGACUUAUUGCCAGGCUUAAAGAAGAGAAACAAACUGCUAGAGAAAAGGACACCAUCUAUCAUUCCAGAAGAGGACAAGCCUUUAUAGACUGGCAUUGUCAUGUGUUUCUUAUGGUAGUAUAAAAGAAUUUUUUACAAAUUGAUCACUUAAUGCAGUUUUAUUAAAGGGGCAUUUUCCUGACCAGUUAUAGAGGUAAAAAACAAUAUUUUGUGCCCCUCAUGGCACAUCCUUUAAUGCAGAGAGGAGGGUUUGUGUUUGCCAGAUGCACGAUGAUUCAGAGUGGUUCCAUCUGCCAGAAUAUUUACUGAAUAGCUGCUAUAUAUUAAAUGUAGUGAAUCCUUACUUAUAAAAUUGGUGCAUUUUUCAUUGAAAAAGAUGAUAUUACCAUUGCUUUGGCUCCAUUGAAUGUCAUAUUGUGUAUGUUCUUCAAAUAAUAGUUAAAUGGAUACAAUUCUAAAAAAAUAAAAUACAGUUUUUAUUUAUGAGUGAAAA